CCCCCAAUAUUGUAAAAGAAACCUUUCUCUCUGUAUCUUUCUUUUUUCUAGAAGUCUUUUAGAUCCCCACCAUGCUUAUUCUCAGCAUCUUUUUCUUUUUGCUUUUUCCAGCAAAGACAAACCAGUCACCAUCCAUCUCCUCAUCUGCCUCCUCUCCUGCAAUUGCAAAUGCACUCAUUUGUCCGAAUCAACAAAAAGGCUUCUUUGUCUAGGUGGUCCAGAAGAAAACCAGAAAACUACUGAAAAGUUGGCCGCCAACUGUUCCUUCUCCAGCCGAAGCUGAGCGCACCCUGCUCGUUCCCUGAACAAACAGCUCCACCAGCAAAGGCCGAGAAGCCAGUAUGGGCGAGAAAGCCGCACUCAUGGCGUCCAUGCACACGAUCCUGCAGUGCAUCAUCGAGAAUCACGACGCCGAGGAGGAGCUGUUCCAGCAGCACUUGCGGGUCCACCGGAUGGCGGCCGAGGCCCUCCAGCAGCACCUCAGCACAGUCAGGGCUGUGGAAGGGGCCGUCCUGCACUUCGACAGGGACCAGCUGUGGGACCACACGCGGAGCUUCAGCCAGAUGCACCAGAGGAUGAACGUCAUCGUGGAGAAGGCGCAGGUGGCCAUGGCCACCAUCGCCAUGGCCGACCACCUGAACACAGACCUGUCCUUCACGCGCAACUGGACCCUGCCCCGCACGGAGGCCGUGUGGGCCUCCAUGCUCGAGCUGGACAACUGGGAUGACGCCCGCUUCCGCGGAAGCUUCCGGAUGUCGCGGGAAACGUUCGACGCCAUCGCUGAAGAAAUCAGUCCAAUCAUCCAGAGACAAAAUACAGUCAUGCGGCGGGCGAUACCGGUCAAGAAAAGGUUAGCUCUGACUCUGUACAAACUGGCGUUCAACCUGAGCUACCUCCCGCUGAGUACCACCUUCGGUGUGGGGAAGUCGACGGCCUGUGAAAUUUUCAGAGACACGGUACGAGCUCUGAAUCAUCUGUAUCUCGCUGACGUUAUUAAGGUGGGAGAUGAGGAGAAGAACAUCCAAGGCUUCCGUGAGCUUGGAUUUCCGUACGUGGGGGCCAGCCUGGAUUCAUCCUAUAUAAGAAUCCUUGCUCCGGAGCAGCGGGGCCCGGAGUACCACAACCAAAAGUGCUUCUACCGCAUGGUUUUGCAGGCUGUAGUGGAUGCGAAGGGCAGGUUCAUGGAUGUGUACACGGGUCUAUCUGGGAAAGGUCGUGACUCCUGCGUCUUCUGGAGCUCCCCAGUGGCAGAGAAACUGUCCAAAGGCACGUUCUUCACCGGUCCCCCCGUGAUGCUGAACGGCGUCGCCGUGCGGCCCCUCGUCUUGGGCAGCCAGUCUUUUGCCCCUCAGCCCUGGCUCCUGGCCCCGUUCCACAGUCCGAAGACCAGCAAGGAAAAGAACUUCAACUAUUACCACAGCAGGGCAAGGCUGCAGGCGGAGAGAGCCUUCGAGCGGCUGAAGUCGCGCUGGUGCUCUCUCCACUCGCUCCUGGACGUGGAGGAUGACCUCAUAGCGGACGUGAUCGUCGUGUGCUGUGUGCUUCACAACAUCUGCGAAUCGAGGGGAGACGUGCUCCUGCAGGACAACCCACACCUCCCGGGACCCGGGGCCGAGAGUGACGCCCUCCCCGUGGAGCCCGAGACCGAGCAGCCCGGCCAGCAGCCGCCGAGUCCCCGCUCGGAGGCAGCGCUGCGCCGCGAGGCGCAAGCCGUGCACGCGGCCAUAGCGGACUUCAUCUGGGACCACAAUCCGCACGUUAGUUGUGGCUAAGGUGCUGUGCCGCCACAGCUGGUAUCGUUUUCCGGAUCGUGUGGCCGGGAGGGGCAUUGUGUUGCCAGCACUCCCUUCCGGCCGGGGUGGGAGCCCCGCUUUCACAGCCCGGUGCUGACAGAGGGGCUGCAAAAAGCUCCCCAACCUGAACCAGCUAUGAAUAAAACGUGUUGGGCAAUGCGCA